AUGGAUCACAGAACUCAACAUAUUUUGAAGUUCGAGCCCUUGGUAGAGAAGCUCCGUUCCAGAUUUCCUGAUGUUUUUCAAAGUUCCCUUGGUCGUUGCACCAAAGCACAAGUGAAACUGUACCUCAAACCCAAUUCACGCCCUGUGUAUUGUCCAAAGAGGCCGGUGGCCUACGCUGCACUUCCCAAAGUUGACGCCGAACUACAGAGAUUGCAAGAUAAAGGUAUCAUUUCACCAGUUCAAUUCUCCGACUGGGCGGCCCCCAUCGUGGUUGUUCGAAAGGCUGACAACGUCUCCGUUCGUGUCUGUGGUGAUUACUCCACGGGUCUCAACGACGUGCUGGAAUCCGAUUGUCAUCCUUUACCGCAUCCGGAAGACAUGUUUGCCGAGCUAGCUGGUUCCCGCUUUUUCUCGCACAUCGAUCUUUCAGAUGCAUACCUCCAAGUGGAAGUCGAAGAAGAAUUCCGUAAGAUGCUGACCAUCAACACUCAUCAAGGAUUGUUCCAGUACAACCGUUUGCCACCCGGAGUCAAAUCCGCCCCUGGUGCUUUCCAGAGAAUCAUCGAUAGUAUGGUAGCCGGCAUUCCAGGUGUCAAACCAUAUCUUGACGACAUCAUGAUUGCUGGAAAAACUCAAGAGGAACACGAUCGCAACCUUUACGCUGUCUUGGAACGAAUUCAAGACUAUGGAUUUCAUCUCCGCAUUGAGAAGUGCCGUUUCUCACUUCCACAGAUUAAAUUCCUGGGUCACAUCAUUGACGAGGAUGGUCUCCACCCUGAUCCUGAGAAGACGCGAGCCAUUUCCCAGAUGCCAGCCCCGAAGAACAUUUCGCAGCUGCGAUCUUAUUUGGGAGCAAUCAACUACUAUGGACGAUUCGUUGGCCAAAUGAAAGAGCUUCGUGCGCCACUGGACCGUCUGCUGAAGAAGGACGCUCGCUGGGAUUGGACCGCCGAAUGCCAGAGGUCUUUCGAACGUUUUAAGACAAUCCUCCUUUCCGAUUUGUUGCUGACUCACUACGAUCCAGAUAAGGAAAUCAUCGUUGCCGGUGACGCUUCUAAGGAUGGUUUGGGUGCAGUGAUUAUGCACCGUUUUCCGAAUGGCGCGGUCAAGGCCAUCGCACACGCUUCAAGGUCACUGACACCAGCUGAACAGAACUACGGACAGAUCGAGAAGGAAGCUCUAGCGCUUAUUUUUGCAGUUACCCGUUUUCACAAAAUGGUUUUCGGACGUAGAUUCACUCUUCAAACCGACCACAAGCCGUUGCUGAAAAUAUUUGGAAGCAAGAAGGGUAUUCCAGUUUACACCGCAAAUCGCCUACAACGCUGGGCACUCACGCUGAUGCUUUAUAAUUUCGACAUCCAGUUUGUGCCGACUGCAAGUUUUGGUCACGCUGAUCUCCUGUCACGCCUGAUGAGUUCAAACAGUAGACCGGACGAAGACUACAUCAUCGCUGCUUUGCAAAUUGAAUUGGAUGUGAAAGCGAUCCUCGACGACUCCAUCUCUGCUUUACCGGUCACAUCUGAAAUGAUAGUCAAGGAAACAAGUCGUGAUCCAGUCCUACAAAAGGUGAUCCAGCACAUCAAUCAAGGUUGGCCGCAAACUGCAACCCAACCACAGGAUCCAGCCAUUCGUCAGUUUUUCACCAGACGAGAUAGCCUGCAGAUCGUUCAAGAUUGCAUAAUGUUUGGUGAUCGGGUCGUUAUUCCAGCACGUUUCCGUAAGCGCAUCAUUCGUCAAUUGCAUCGAGGACAUCCUGGAAUGAAUCGCAUGAAAGCGUUAGCUAGAAGCUUCGUUUACUGGCCAAACAUAGACGACGAUAUAGAAACUUGUGUUCGACAUUGCAGUUCCUGUGCCGAAGCCGCCAAAUCCCCGAGAAAAACUGAUCUGGAGUCCUGGCCGAUUCCGUCGAAACCCUGGGAGCGCAUUCACAUCGACUACGCUGGCCCCGUGAAUGGUUACUACUAUUUGGUUAUCGUCGACGCUUACUCAAAAUGGCCCGAAGUUUUCCGCACCCGCAGUACAACAACGACAGCAACACUGGAAAUUCUUGAAGAAACCUUCGCAAGGUAUGGAAAUCCACGAACCCUGGUGUCAGACAACGGUUCCCAGUUCAUCAGUUCAACAUUCAAACAGUUUUGUGAAGCAAACGGAAUCUGUCACCUGACCAUAGCUCCGUAUCACCCGCAGUCGAAUGGACAGGCUGAAAGGUUUGUUGACACACUGAAGAGGGGACUCAAGAAGCUUGUCAAGGGGGAAAACACGGCCACAUUCCAACAUCUCCAGAUUUUCUUAUCUACGUACCGCUCAACCCCGAGUCGAAACUUGCCUGAAGGAAAGUCACCUGCUGACCUGUUCCUAGGAAGAUCGAUCCGUACAACACUCGAUCUUGUCAAGCCACAGAUUCCAAGCCCAACUGAAGUAAACACGAAACAAAACACUCAGUUCAACAGACGCUACAACACCAUCAAACGGGAGUUCAAAGCAAAUGAUCUGGUCUACGCAGAGGUACACCAACGCAAUGCAAUCAAGUGGAUUCCUGGAACAAUUGUGGAGCGCAAAGGCCGGGUAAACUACAACGUUCUGUUGGAAACUGGACGUCUCAUUUGCUCGCACACAAAUCAGUUGAAGCAACGUCAUGGCGAUUGCGACAGUUCUCCAGUAUUACCCAACAUGCCGCUCUCUAUGCUGUUGGAUGAAUUCAACCUCCAACCAGUGAAGCCCGCUGUUUCUGAGAUUCCAGAUGAAUCAGCUGCCCCUGUAGUUGAAGAAGCUUCUCCAAUCAUACCUGAAGGUGAAUCAGAUGACGAUUUCCAGGAUGCAGAGUUAGCCAGUAGCCGUUCCCUGUCUCCUGCCCAGCCAGACCGUCCAGUUCGAAAUCGUAGGGUCCCAAAUUGGUUGAACCCCUACGAUCUCUUCUAAAAAGGGAGAUGUAAUGGAAUAGUCAAGUAAGCCUUGACGUGCUGUCAAGGCUAUGAAAUAACAGCUGUGAAAAAUUAUAUUCAUUCUGAUUCCAACCACCAAAGAAACUAGACUAUUAAAGUAGAACUUAACAGUUAUUAGUAGUUCUAUUAUCUUGAAGAACUCAA